AUGGGUUUCAGGCAUCGUCUCGUCGCUGCAACUGCAGCAGCGACAUUGUCCACGGUCAAUGUCGCAUCUGCACAAUCAGUAGAACUCGUGAACAGAGCAACCGCAUCGGACCCUUCGUCGUUUGCUUCUCAAUCGUUUGACUAUAUCGUCGUUGGCGCUGGAACAGCCGGUUUGGCAGUUGCUUCAAAGUUGGCACAAGAUGGAAAGGCCAGAGUUGGCAUCAUCGAGGCCGGUUUGUACCUCCCGAACGACCCACUCAUCGAUGUGCCCAAAAACUUUGGCCAGAAUAAUGGCAACCCAAAAUACGACUGGCGUUUCAAUACAACCCCUCAAGCAGAGCUCUCUGGUAGAACAGUUCCUCAUCCCCGUGGAAAAGUCGUUGGAGGCUCAACUGCACUGAACUACCUCGUCUUCAAUCGAGCCUCUAAGCAAGAGUAUGAUGCAUGGGCCGAAAUUGGCAACGACGGUUGGGAUUGGAACUCUCUAACCAACUCAUUCCGAGAGGUCUCGCAUUACACCUCCAUCACGGACAACCAGACUUUCCCAAACAGUCUGGACGCCAAUAGCAUCAAUUCCCAGUCCGAACAGUAUCACGGGACUGACGGUGUGAUUCAGGUGUCGUAUAACACAUUUGAGACAGAUGUCCAGGAUCCAUAUGUCCAGGCGAUGAACUCUCUUGGCGUCUCGACCAACUCGUUGCCCGACUCUGGCAACAUCACGGGUGUCUACAAUUCUCCAACAGCUGUCGAUCGCACGACUGGAAAGCGGAGCUAUGCAGCAAGCUUCUACGUCAAGAACAUGGAUAAUGAUCACUUUGUGCUCCUUCAGGGUGCGCGUGCCACCAAAAUCGACUUUUCACCCAACAAGAAUAAGGACGGAAACGUCGUGGCUACGGGCGUCACAUUCGAUGUCAGUGGGACUAGCUACACCGUCAAAGCCGGUAAAGAGGUUAUUCUGAGCGCUGGUGUCUUCCAGUCACCACAAUUGCUCGAGUUGAGCGGUAUCGGUAACUCGACAAUCCUGCAGCGAUUUGGCAUCAACACUUUGGUCGACCUUCCUGGUGUCGGAGAAAACCUGAUGGACCAUGCCAUGUCCGCACAAAUGUGGCAGGUCAACCCUGGUGUGGUCACCUGGGACCAGCUUCGCAUCAAUACUACAUUUGCUGCGGCGGCUGCCCAACAAUAUAAUACGACACAUGAUGGCGUCCUCGCCUCAACGAUCAACACCGUUGCUUUCAGCUCGUUCCGAACCGUGGCGGACAAUGAUACGGCCUAUGGAGAUCUUCUGAAUACUCUAGAUCAGUGGAUAAACUCGACGAGCCUCACUCCUCUGCAGUCGAAGCAGUACGACAUCCAAAAACGUUGGAUAAAUGAGUCUGUCCCUGGGAUGGAGUUUGUCAUGAUUCCAUCUGGAGGCUUGACGCGUACUCGUCCUGCCAACGAUACGAGUUACAUGAUUAUCUCUGCAAUUCUUCAACACCCCUUUUCGCGCGGUAAUGUGCACAUCAACAGCAGUGACCCAAUGGAACUGCCUGCCGUGGAUCCGAAGUACCUUACUAGUCCAUUUGAUGUCGCUGCGCUUGUUCAGGGUGUACAGUUUGCCAACAAGCUCGUCUCUACGGAGCCCCUUGCCAGCCUGAUCACGACUCGUAUCGACCCGGCCACCAACUUUACUAGCGGGGCGCAUUUCGAAGGCUUGCAAUCCAUCAAGCAUCCCGUCGGCACCUGCGCUAUGGCGCCCAAGAACCUGAAUGGUGUGGUAGAUUCGAGUCUCAAGGUGUGGGGGACUGCAAACGUUCGUGUCGUCGACGCGUCGAUUGUGCCCCAGCACAUUGCGGCGCAUAUGCAAAGCACAGUUUAUGCCAUUGGAAACAAGGCUGGCGCGAUCAUCUUGUCUGGCAGUUCGACGGGCAACACGAAUGAUGCAGUACGCGGUAGACUCGGGGGAGUAGGACUGUCUGGUGCCAUUGCGAUAUUCGCGGGACUCGUUGCGUUGAUGGUUUAA